UGGCUGGUUACAUGAGAGAGUGCCCUGAUCUAUUAAGCGAGCUCUCAAAUGGGACUGUUUGCCAGUGUCCUUGAGUGUCUGAAGUGAUGACUGACAGCCGCACGGUCACACCCACAUCUCCCCAGAUGACAUAAAAUGAAUGAACUUCCCCCAGCAGUUGGGACUGUUAACUUUGCACUUCCCAGCUCACACACAGCUCCUCUUUCCCGACACCUUCACCAAACAAGCAGGCAAAUGACAAACUGACCGCCAGGACUAUGAUGGCGAGGAACACCGACAUGCGCUGGCGCCUGCCGCUGGUUUGCCUCCUCUGGGAGCUUGCCAUGAUCAUCCUUUUUGGCGUCUUUGUGCGCUUCAAUGCAGAAUCCGAUAUAGCUGGCUGGGAGAAGGCGAAGCAGGAGAAGAACAUCACAAGCGAUGCCGAGAAUGACUUCUACUUCAGAUACCCGUCUUUCCAAGAUGUUCAUGUGAUGAUUUUUGUGGGCUUUGGGUUCCUCAUGACAUUUCUUCAACGCUACGGUUUUGGGGCUGUCGCGUUCAACUUCCUCCUUGCCGCCUUUGGGAUCCAGUGGGCUCUCCUGGUUCAGGGCUGGUUUCAUACCUUUGAGAAUGGGAAGAUACUCAUUGGAGUGGAAAGCAUGAUUGGUGCAGAUUUCUGUGUAGGUUCUGUCUGCAUCGCCUUUGGCGCCGUCCUGGGUAAAAUCAGUCCUGUGCAGCUGCUGAUCAUGACAUUGUUUCAAGUGACUCUCUUCUCCGUUAAUGAAUACAUCCUACUGGACCUGCUCCAUGUUAAAGAUGCUGGUGGAUCCAUGACCAUUCACACGUUUGGAGCUUAUUUUGGGCUAGUGGUGACCGCCAUUUUGUAUCGGCCCAACUUGGAGCAGACCAAAGAUAAGCAGGGUUCUGUCUACCACUCAGAUCUCUUCUCUAUGAUUGGCACCUUAUUUCUAUGGAUGUACUGGCCCAGUUUCAACUCUGCCAUUUCUGAUCAUGGAGAUGCCCAGCACCGAGCUGCCAUCAACACCUAUUGCUCUCUGGCGGCCUGUGUCCUCACGACUGUGGCCUUCUCGAGCUUGUUGCAGAAGAAAGGCAAGCUGAACAUGGUCCACAUCCAGAAUGCCACCCUGGCAGGCGGCGUUGCUGUGGGUACUGCGGCAGAAAUGAUGCUGACUGCAUAUGGCUCCCUCAUUGUUGGGUUUAUCUGUGGCAUUGUGUCUACCAUUGGGUUUGUCUACUUCACGCCUUUCCUGGAAUCCAAGCUGCGUAUUCAAGACACAUGCGGUAUCCACAACCUACAUGGGAUGCCAGGACUGAUUGGAGGCAUUGUGGGGGCCGUCACGGCUGCCGCUGCGACUGAAGGAGUCUACGGGAAGGAAGGGCUCAUCCGUGCUUUUGACUUCACGGGAGACUUCAGCCACAGAACGCCCAGCGUCCAAGGCGGCUUCCAGGCAGCUGGCAUCGCUGUAUCGUUGGGCAUGGCCUUGGCAGGAGGGGCCGUCGUAGGUGGCAUUUUGAAACUGCCUUUCUUUGGAGACCCCACAGAUGAAAACUGCUUUGAGGAUAAUGUUUACUGGGAAGUGCCUGGGGAUGAAGAGGGCAGCCUGUAUUGUAUGAACGACUCAAACGCGAAGCCUGUGACAGACCCUUAAUCCACUGGAGUCAAUGCCAAGGGAUAAUGCAGACAACCAGAUCAGUAUAACCAGCCUCUCCUUUUGGAAUUCCUUGAGUGGUUUUUGUCUUGUUUAAUUUCCUACACUCUCAAGUACACAAGAAGUUUGUGGUAUUUCUGGAAGCUGUAACAUUUGCUACCAUCAUUUGUCUGGGUGCAAAGAUUCUUCAUGGAAUAUAUUGUGCCCUUAUUA